UAACGCCCUUGAUAGACAAUCAGAAUGGCGGCCCCGAAGAGCAGUCCGAGAGAUGCGCAAGUUAUGGCAGCAAUUCUCAAGGAUAUGGGUGUCACUGAUUACGAACCAAGGGUCAUAAAUCAAAUGCUUGAGUUUGCCUACAGAUAUGUAACUGACAUUCUAGACGAUGCUAAGGUGUAUGCCUCUCAUGCUAACAAGAAAGUGAUAGAUGCAGAAGAUGUUAAGUUAGCUGUGCAGUGUAAAAUGGACCAUACCUUCACAACUCCCCCUCCAAGAGAUUUAUUGAUGGGGAUAGCCAGGCAGAAGAACAGUCAGGCCCUGCCUUUGGUUAAACCUUACACUGGCCCUCGCCUUCCCCCAGACAGAUACUGUCUGUCUGCUCCAAACUACAGACUCAAGUCACUCAGGAAGCCUCGUAUUCAGAUCGGUCUGCCCAUGUCUCAGCUACCUGGAGGAGGUCAGAGAAUCUCGUUAACACCUGUGCACACACCUGGUAAAGUGGGUAGUGUUAGUUUAGGUGGGGGUUCAUCAUCUACUCUGACAGUGGUAACGAAAGGGGUUACCAUGCCAACUGUUACCAUGGUAAACAAGCCAUCUGUCUCAUCUGCUAGUGCACCAAGGCCUUUGAUUAGACUAACAACAGGUAUUACUGGAGCCAAAGCAGCCCCAGGACCUGUCUUUUCCUCAACCCUUGGCUCGGGUGUGAACCCCCUGAAGAGGAAGCUAGAGGAGGACGAUACAGACAAAAUGUGACAUGGGAAGAGAAAAAAAACUGAAAUCUUAUGCAUCUUGGGACUCCAUAAAGACACAAGACUUCAUGAUGUCUUAGUCAUGCAAUAAGAUGUACUGUGUUACUAAAUUUGUAGAUAUUUCAUGACUUCAUAAGAAUCACAAACAAUCUGUGUCACCAGACCCACCAGUUGUAUUGAUAAGCUGGAAUCUUGGGACACCAGAAUCACAGACAUGUUGAUGAUGUCUUUAAUAUACUGCGAAACCAGCAUUGAACAUCCUCUGUGGUGACACCAGAAUGGGGGAUGCUGUACUGUGACACCAGAAUUGGACAUGCUUUGUGGUGACACCAGACUAGGACAUGCCCUAUUGUGACAUUAGCAUGGAACAUGCCCUAUUGUGACACCAGAAUGGGACAUGCUCUGUUGUGACACUAGCAUGGGCCAUGCUCUGUUGUGACACCAGCAUGGGCCAUGCUGCGUUGUGACACCAGAAUUGGGCAUGGUCUUUUGUGACACCAGAAUGGGACAUGCCCUGUUGUGACACUGGAUUGAGCCAUGCUCUGUGGUGACAGCAGAAUGGGACAUGCUGUACUGUGACACCAAAAUGGGACAUGCUUUACUGUGACACCCGCAUUGGGCAUGCUGUAUUGUGACACUGGUAUUGGACAUGCUGCACUGUGACACUGGCAUGGCACAUGCUGUAUUGUGACACUUGCAUUGGACAUGCUGUUCUGUGACACUGGCUUGGGACAUGCUGUAUUGUGACACUUGCAUUGGACAUGCUGUUCUGUGACACUGGCUUGGGACAUGCUGUAUUGUGACACUUGCAUUGGACAUGCUGUACUGUGACACUGGCUUGGGAUAUGCUGUAUUGUAACACUGGCAUGGGCCAUGCUCAGUUAUGACACCAGCAUGGGACAUGCUCUAUUGUGACACCAGAAUGGGACAUGCUGUACUGUGACACCAGCCUGAGACAUGCUGUACUGUGACACCAGCAUGGGGGAUGCUCAGUUGUGACACUAGAAUGGAACAUUAGGCCUUGACUGAUUAUACUGUGACACUAGAAUCAGCAGGCCCUAUCGUAAUAUUCGAAUCAGACAUAUCGUCUUUAUAUAAAAGUCAUCAUACUGUGUAGAAAACAAAUCAGUGGCAAAUAAGCUGAUCGACGGUAGGGAAAGAUCGCAGGUUCCAACAUAAAAAUACAUUGGCAGACAUACUGUUGUCCACAACAUUUUCUCCACAGAGCUCUAUAACGCCUAAUAUGUCCCAAAGGAAGCUCUUAGAAGGAAAGAAAAAUUACCAUACACAAAGCAAAUUAAUUUCCUCCAGACAGCUAAGAACACAUCUCCAGCUAUCAAAGAUGUAGAGCUUCCUCGGCGUAGGCAGCCCCUGGAUCCUCGCCUGAUGUGUUGUGAUAGUCGGACCCCACCUAGCAUUCUCCACUGGAUCUGCCCUUGAGGCCAAUCAGUGUUUAUGAAUGACAUACGUACUCUUGUGUAUCGUAUUUCAGAGUGCUGUUCAGUUAUCCCCAGUAUCCUCAGGGUCUCGCAUCCUUUGGAUGAUGAAUUCAAAGCCAGCAUUUUCUGUGCUUUCCAUGAUGUAGAUGUUACCCUGUUCAUAGUUCAGAGUGGGUUAAAUGUGAAAUUGGUAAGAUAUGUGUACAACAUUGUAGGUGAGGUUCAAUAACAGUACUGUAUUACAUGUACCUGGGUAUAUGCCAAAUUGCAGAUGUUGCUUUUGUUCU